AUGAUAGAGGUGCAUCGUAUGGCAUUAUCCUAUUUGAAAAACCAGGAUUUGGAGAGAGCGUUGGUAUUGCUAAUACGAUUCUGCAGUUUCACUAUUGAAGAACUACCAAAACAUCACGAGUUCAAUACCUUUGCGGGUGAAGAAAAGAGGACUGUUUUUGCUCUGUUGAAACCGGCUCUUGACCGUGCAGAGAAUCUGAAAAAGCUAUUGAAAGCAAAGUUUGAAGUAGAAGCUGAAGAGGUCAGGAAUUAUAAUGCUGCACGACAAGCUAAGCUGGAAGCGAGGAGAGCGCAAAGCGGCCAAGCUGCUGAGAGGCCGACGUCAAUCGCAGCAAGUGGGGAGGCAAAUGUCGUCAAUAUUGUGUGA